ACCUCUGCUGCAACUUCUGUAGGAAAAAUCUGUCAAAAUUAAUUCCAUGAUUCACUGUGAUUUCUCUCAAGGUUAGUAUUUCAAACAGUUAUUUUAAAGGAUGAUACUGUGACCAGUGGCCAACACAUUUCCCUCUCUCCAAAUUCUUACAGUGUUUCCCUCCUUUUUCUGAGCAGGGCAAUGGGGAUGACCAAUAGCAGUUUCAAAGGUGACUUGAUCCUGGUGGGCUUCUCUGACCAGCCUCAGCUGGAAAAGAUACUCUUUGUGGUUGUUUUGUUGUCCUAUCUCUUUACACUUGUGGGAAAUACAGUUAUCAUUUUGAUUUCCUUCAUAGACCCCAAACUUAAAAGACCCAUGUACUUUUUCCUCACUCAUCUCUCGCUAGUUGAUAUCUGCUUUACCACCAGCAUUGUCCCCCAGCUGCUGUGGAAUCUAAGAGGACCUGCCAAGACCAUCACACCCAUGGGCUGUGCUGUGCAGCUGUACAUCUCCCUGUCCUUGGGCUCCACUGAGUGUGUUCUCCUGGCUGUAAUGGCUUUUGAUCGCUAUGCUGCUGUUUGCAAACCCCUCCACUAUGCAACUGUGAUGAACCCACUACUGUGCCAGGCUCUGGCAGGGGUUGCAUGGCUGACUGGAAUGGGAAAUGCUCUCAUCCAGGGCACUGUCACCCUCUGGCUACCUCACUGUGAUCAUCAAUGGCUCUAUCAUUUCUUCUGUGAGGUACCCUCUAUGAUUAAGCUUGCGUGUGUGGACAUCCAUGCCAAUGAAGUCCAGCUCUUUGUUGCUUCACUGGUCUUGCUCCUCUUGCCCUUAGCACUGAUAUUGCUCUCCUAUGGACAUAUAGCCAGGGUAGUCAUCAGGAUUGGGUCAAUCCAGGCCUGGCACAAAGCCCUGGGCACGUGUGGCUCUCAUUUGAUGGUAGUGUCCCUCUUCUAUGGGACCAUUACAGCUGUCUAUAUCCAGCCCAACAGCUCUUAUGCUUAUACUCAUGGGAAAGUCAUCUCCCUCUUCUAUACAGUAGUGACCCCAGCCCUCAAUCCCCUCAUCUACACGCUGAGAAAUAAAGAUGUGAAAGGAGCACUGAGAAGACUAUUUUACAGAGACCAAACCCUAUAAAUAAUGAAGCAAAGUACAUAGUGGUCAAUUUUUAUAACAAAAAUAAAUCCUUAAUAUCUCAUACAACAUUUCACUCAAGAACUUUACCAACCUAUAAAGAUAAAUGUAAUCUUCACUGUGUUAUUGUAUUUAACUUGUCCUCAGAACUAUCUAUCCUCUUCAGUCCCUUUCCCAGGAUUCUU